AUGUCUUCGUACAGUGACUCUGACGAUGAUAUGCCUCUGGCAAGAUCCAACGGCAACCAUCUCUCAGCCGCCAAGAUUUCGAAGGCCGAAGACAAGGCUAUGGACGAGUCCGCAUCCAGAACACAGCCUUCUGCCCCAGGCAUCUCAAUCCGAAAUGGCCCAAUCGACGAUGAUUCAAUGGACGUAGAUCACCCAAAUGGAACUGCUAAGAGGAAGUCACGUUCCUCCAUCGGCAACAAAGUCAGCUACAAGGACGAAUCCGACAGCGAUGACGAGAUUCCUCUGGCCAAACGCCCCAAAAAGGCUCCCAAAGACACUGACGACAGCGAUGAUGAGCCCAUAGCAGCCAAGAAGCUGCCUCCUUCAUACAAGGAGACCGCCCUUCCGAACGACUCAUCCGACGAUGAUGCCCCUCUUGGCGCGAAAUUAGCCAAGAAGAAGGCGCAGAUCGAGAAGAAGGCGGAAAAGGACGCCAAGGCCAUUCGAGCACACGACGCCAAGGUCAAAAAGGCUGCUCCAAAGAAGGCUGUGAAGAAGGAAGACUCAUCUGAUGAUGAGCCACUGGCUAAACCCACCAAGAAGCAGCCGAACGGAACCGCUUCGAAAGCCAAUGGUGUCAAGACCGAAAAGAAGACCCCCGUCAAAGGUAAGGCUGCGCCGAAGAAAGCGCCCGCCAAGGCCAAGGACAAGUCUCCCGAAGACGAGGACGAUGACGAGGUCCACGAGUGGUGGAACGAGCCAAAACCCGAAGACGACAGCGUCAAGUGGAACACUCUUGAGCACAAUGGUGUGCUCUUCCCCCCGCCGUACGAGCCACUGCCGAAGAAGGUCAAGCUUUUGUACGAUGGCACUCCAGUGGACCUUCAUCCUGAUGCGGAAGAAGUUGCGACUUUCUUUGGCGCCAUGCUCAACUCAACCCAGAACGUCACCAACCCCGUUUUCCAGAAAAACUUCUUUGGGGACUUCAAGGAGAUCCUGCAAAAGACUGGGGGUGCCAAAGACAAGAAUGGCAACAAGGUUGACAUCAAAGAAUUCUCGAAGCUCGACUUCAACAAUAUCUACGAGCACUUCAAGGCGAUAUCCGAAGCGAAGAAGGCCUGGUCAAAAGAGCAAAAGAACAAGGCUAAGGAGGAGAGAUUGAAAAUCGAGGAGCCGCUAAUGUACUGCAAGUGGAAUGGGCGCAAAGAGAAGGUUGGAAACUUUCGUGUCGAGCCUCCUGGAUUAUUCCGCGGUCGUGGCGAGCACCCGAAGACUGGAAGGGUCAAGAAACGGGUCUUGCCUGAGCAGAUCACCAUCAACAUUGGAAAGGAAGCCAAAGUUCCUUCGCCGCCACCAGGACAUAGUUGGAAGGCAGUUCAGCAUGACAACAAGGCAACCUGGCUAGCUAUGUGGCAGGAGAACGUCAACGGCAACUACAAGUACGUUAUGCUUGCUGCCAGCGCCUCUGUCAAGGGUAAAGCGGAUAUGGCCAAAUUUGAGAAGGCCCGCGAGCUCAAGAAGCACAUCGACUUCAUUCGGAAGGACUACACCAAGAAGCUGAAGAGCGAGGUCAUGCAAGAGCGCCAGAUGGCCACUGCGAUGUACCUUAUCGACAAAUUCGCGCUCAGGGCUGGAAAUGAAAAGGACACUGACAACGAGGCCGACACCGUGGGCUGCUGUUCGCUCAAGUUCGAGCAUCUUACCCUUCGAGAGCCAGAUACGGUCAUCUUCGACUUCCUUGGCAAGGACAGCAUUCGAUUCUACGACGAGGUCAAUGUCGACCGUCAGGUCUUCAAGAACUUGAAGAUGUUCAAGAAGCCUCCCAAAGAGGAUGGCGAUGACAUUUUUGACCGUGUCAAUACGUCACAAUUGAACAAGCACUUGUCCAAUUACAUGACCGGAUUGACGGCAAAGGUGUUCCGUACAUACAACGCCUCAUGGACCAUGUCAAACCUGCUGCAGGAUCUUGAUCCCAGGCAGCACAAGAACCUCACAGUCAAUGAGAAGGUCAAGCUUUACAACGACUGUAAUCGAGAGGUCGCCAUUCUUUGCAACCACAAGCGUACCGUGGGUGCUAGCCAUGAGCAGGCGAUGGAGAAACUGGGAGACCGGAUCAAAGGGCUCAAGUACCAGAGAUGGAGGGUGAAGAUGAUGAUCCUCGACGUCGACCCAAAGAUGAAGAAGAAGAAGGGAGUUGCGUUCUUUGAGAGAGAGGAUGAUCUUACUGAUGAGUGGGUUCUGAGCCAUCAAGCCUUCCUUGUCGAGGACCAGCGCAACAAGAUCAACAAGAAGUUUGAGAAAGACAACGAGAAGCUCGUGGCCGAGAAGAAGAAACCCCUUCCUGAAAAGGAGCAUAAGGAGCGCCUCAAGGUGGCCACCGAGCUCGAGAAGAAGUUCAAGAAGGAGAACAAGUCCAAGAAGGUCGAGGCCGAGGGCAAGGGCCCGACGGUGGCCAAGCUCGAGGCCAAUAUCGUGAAGAUCGAGGAGAGGAUCAAGAACCUUGAAGCCCAGUCUGCUGACCGUGAAGGCAACAAGGAGGUUGCCUUAGGAACCUCCAAGAUCAAUUACAUCGACCCACGGCUCAGCGUCGUCUUCUCCAACAAGUUCGAUGUGCCCAUUGAGCGACUCUUCCCGAAGACUCUCCGCGAAAAGUUCACCUGGGCCAUCGCCUCUAUCGGCGACGACGAUGCUUGGGAGUUCUAA